AUGUUGGAGCGAGUCGAGGAAUAUGAACGCCGUCUUCAGAACCUGGAGAAUCUGCUUAGGGAGCGGAGCGACAUACAGACGCAUAUUCAAAGUCAACCGCUACAACCUCUGCCACCACACGAUCCAAAUGAGUCGAUGUCGUUGUCAAUGUGGGUAGACAAUCUGCGCACAGAAGUCGAACAAUACCCAAUGGAGGCCUCUCCCGAUCUAGAUCCGACGACUUAUCAAGGGACGUACCAGAUGACAGGAUCUGCUUCAUCGAUGUCUGGAGCUGGGGAACCCGUUUUCAGCAACGAAGCAUCUGAUGAUCUUGCUCUCCAGUCUCUGGACGAUUUCGAGCCUUCCGCAGACUUCGAACAAGACGCGGCGCUGCUGCAAGAUCCUCUCUAUCAGCCGCCAGCUGGACUGGAAAAUCUCACUAUUGACGACACCAAUAUUGUACCUACAACAAUGUGCAAUGAUAGCCUGCCCGAACCGGAAUUGGGAGCCUCGUUGCUCGCGGAAUUUCUGGUCGACUUCAACACUGUCUUUGCACUCUAUCGGCCCAACGAGAUCGCGGAGCACAUCCGAAUAUGCUACGAAGGGCACUCAGACGGCACCGCACUAGCGUGGGCAAGUGCGUAUGUGGUGCUAGGUAUCGCUCAUCGCGCGCGUGCACAGAGUAACGUGGCCACGCCCAUGGAUAACGAGCUAGCAGACUAUUACCUCUCUAGGAUACUUCAGAUUGUUCCCGCCCUAUUGAUUGCGCCGCCAACCUUGGGUCUUGUGCAAUGUCUUCUCGGACUGGGCAUGCUUAUCAGAACCUCGUCGCAUUCGCGACCGAGCGGGAUCUUCAUAUCAACAGCUCUCCGGAUAGCACAAUUCCUUGCAUACGAGCAGGGCGACGCCAACGCCGCCACCACUCAAGUAGUCGACGUUGAGCAGCAGCGCCGUGUUUUCUGGUGUGCCUUUAUGCUGGACACGGAGGAAUCCAUCUUUUCCAACGCGCCAACCACGCACCGCACAGAAGACAUCCGCUCUCCCUUCCCAGACGAGAACCCGCAGGACUCGCUAGGCUCCGUGGCCGCAGCGGAGGGUGACUGGAAAGUCAACCUAUUCGCCUUACGCAUCCGUCUCGCGCUCAUUCAGUCCGAGGCUAUCGAGAAAGUCCUCUCCAUUAGUGCUCGCGAGUCUAACAUUGACGAAGCAGCUCAGUCAAUCCUCACACGCCUCGAAACGUGGCGUGACAACGAGCUCUUCCGUUAUAAGCCUGAGCAACUAAUGCAACUUCUCUACCGCUCGGAUCUGAUGCAUGUACUUACGGUAGAAGCGUCAUACUUCGCGACUGUGUUCCGCAUAUACGCGUUUCUCUCGCUGGGGAAGAAUCCGCUGGUUAAUCCAUUUUCGGCGGACGUGUUGGCGAUACUGGCGGCGCAGAAGGUGCAUGGUUGUUUUAGGGAUGCGGAGAGGUUGUUGGAGCAUUUGGGGUUGAUUCCGCAUGGGGAUAUUGGGGUUUGUUGGUAA